CUAGGUUCCAAAUUUUGAUAAUAGAUUCCUUAAAUUUCUUAAGGACUAUAAUUUUUUAUAAUUAAUUUUGUAACUGCUGUAAAAUAAUUAUUUCUUAUAAUAAUUUUACUAAAGCGUACUUGUAAAUUGUAUAAUUUAUAUUUUGGAAGAAAACGAUAUUACGCCAAUGUGUUAUUUAAUAUAUUGAGUAACGCGUUAAACGCACAAAGAUAGGUUAUGUUUAGUAACACAAGAGUUUGAAAAAUAAGAUUUUUAUUAUGGAUAUAAAAAAAGAAGUGAAUCUAUAUCGUGAUACACCUAUUAGAUAUUUAGGAUAUGCAAAUGAAGUUGGAGAAGCUUUUAGAUCUAUAGUUCCAAAUUCAAUUGUAUGGUUCAGUUAUGCUAUAGCCAGUGGAUAUGUUCUUGCAGAUACAAUUAACAAUGGUCUUAAAGCUUAUCAAAAUAAUGUAGCUCCAAAAGCAACAAAAAAUAUUGUACUUUCUAUGUCAGACACCUUAUUAUGGCAAUCGUUUGCAUCUGUGAUUGUGCCUGGUUUCACAAUUAACAGAAUUUGUGCUGUUGUACAAUUUAUACAAAAAAGAAGUAAUAACGUGUCUUUAAAAAAUAAAUGGGUUCCAACUAUUAUUGGUUUAGCAUCCAUACCUCUCAUAAUACACCCAAUAGAUAAUCUAGUAGAAGAAACAAUGAAUGUUACAUACAGAAGAUGGAUAGGAUCUGCCCAAAUGACCAGUGAUUAAUAAUAUAUGAUUAUUCAGACCUUCCAGGAAUAGAUCUUAGAUCUAUUCGAUUUUCAUAUGAAACGAAAAUAUUGCCGCUUAUGUAUAGUACAAAAACGCUAGUACAAUGCUACUGAAAGUUAUAUCUGUAUUUAAUAUCUACAAAUAUUUUGUUAAGGGAAAAAAAAUAAAAUAAAAUACGUUAUUGUUA